GACUCUCUCCAGGAUACUUCACGCAGAAGAAUGCCAGUAAGAACGAUAUGGAAAGACAGAAGAGACGGGAAAGAGCAGCAUUACCACAGAAGAAACGUCGUAGACUGGAACUGAAACAAGAGAAAUUGACACAGAAAGGGGCAAAGGAAGCAGCUGAGGGGGACACAUAUCAGUCAGAAGUGGGUAUGACUCCAAAUGUUGACACAGAGAGUAUCCCUGAAGCUGUUCCAAAGCCAGGAUAUACCAAAGUGGAUAAUUUAGUUCACCUCCAAUUGAGCUAUGUUGUUAUAGACCUUGAAACUUCUGGGCUUAUCCAGAGAGGAAUUAUCCCACACAUUACCCAGAUUGCUGCCCAGGACAUGGCUAGUGGGGAGAAGUUUUCGUGGUAUGUAAAGCCUCUCAUCCCGAUUACUGCCAAAGCGAGGAAAAAGUCACAGGGAUUUCUUGGACUGGGACGGAAAUGA